AUGGAUUCCGAAAAGGACUCCAACAAGGUCUCCAGCAAGGACCUCAGCAAGGACCCCAACAAGGACUCUGCUCCGGUCAAUGCCGACGACACGCCCCAAAAGCGCGUUACAAUUGUAUUUGUAUCAAAGCAGACAGCUGCCGGACAGUCUGAAGCACCUGGGCCCACCAACGUCGUCAACCCUGAUGAUGCUCCGGCCGUGCCUGGUCCAUCGGCUGCGGCCUCUGUUGCUGUAACCCCCGUUGCUGAAGUAUCGGCUGCUGAUGCACAUACCGAGGCACUUGCUGGGGCGUCUGCUAAGGCGUCUGUUGCCGAGCCUGCUGAGGCGACGGCCAAGCCCAAGCGCAAGAGAAAGAGCCGGGCCAAGGCCAAGGCAAAGGCGGAAGCCAAUGAGGACGGCGGCGGCGACCUGGUCGACGUGACCAACGUGCCCGACCAAGGCAACAGUAAUGCCCCUGCCCCAGGCAAAAAGCGCAGAGCUGCGAAGCCGCGCAAGAAGGCUGGCACGACGGCCAAUCUUGGAGCCGAUAAAGCAUCUGCGUCUGCGUCUGCAUCUGCGGCGAAUAAUGAUGCCGUCCCCACGGGUGAAAACCAAGAGGCGUCUGCUGCUCCCAAGCGGUCCAAGGGCAAAGGGAAGGCAAAGGAAAAGGCCACAGCAGAGCCCAAUCCUGCUGAGCCAAUGUCUGUCGAGACCAACCUCCCCGCCCGCAAGGACAAGGCCAACGACAAAGGCAAGGGCAAAGAGAACAGUCCUCCCGUUGUUGGAGCUUUCCCUCCCUUUGGAGCUUUGUUUGGUCAAGGUCACGCGCAUUCUGUCACUGCUUCCGCCAAUAAUGCACUCGAAGGUAUCCCUGGACCCUCCAACCUGGCCCGGCACUUGGCAAACCUCCAGGGUGUGAGCAAAGAGGCCCUGGCAGAGUCGUUUGCACAGUGGUCUGUGCAGACGCUGGAGACAAUUCUCAAGCAGGAUGCGAACGGAUCCUCGGUCGCCGUGCCUGCUGGGCCCGCCUCUGCUGCGACACCUGUGCUUCGUCACGCACCGCAGCCCAUCCCGGUCCAGAUGAUCGAGCCCGUCCACUCCGUCCAGCCCAUCGUGCCUGUCGUCGAAACUGUGGAGUCGGUCGAGCCUGUUGUGUCUGGCCAGACCGGCCAGACCGGCAAACCGAGCGAGACGCCGCGUGCGCACGCUACAUUCGGGCCGUUUCCUGCCUCGUCGCCGCCGGCUCCCAACUUGGUUCGGCAUACGACCGUCGAACACGUUCACCCGCCCUUGCCGGAGACGAACACCAAUCCUAUGCGGACCUUGGACGAAGAUGCCGCGUACUACCUGAUGACGGGACCGGGUAUCAUUGAGGAGAACGAGCUCCUGCGCAUGCGCGACCGGUUCCACAAGGGCAUGGACGGCGGGCCGUACGCGUUUAAGCGCAAGCGGUCGACGGUGGUUGACCCGCAUGGCGACGUGCACCUGACCAUCAUGGACGGGCCCGACCGCAUCCGCCAUACGUUCCAGGUGAACUCCACGGUCCUCUCCAUGUGCUCCGAGACGUGGCGCCACCUGUUCCACGCGUUCAUGCGCUGCAACAUGAUCGAGCUGCCCUUUGAUGCACAGUUCCAGCACGUGGUCAAGCGCUGCAAAGAAGCCGUCCUGCCGGACAUGGGCAUCGAAGAGGUCCGUCCCGGCGACUACCUAUUUGCGCGCCGGUUCCUAGGGCACUACCGCGACCCGGUCAAUGAGAAGCACAUACAGGACACGUUGCGUCUGCUAGGGGCGGUGGCCAGAGACGCUGCGACCGCUGGCAACAGCGGUGCUGGCCAGAGCAGUGUCGUCGAGGACAAUGUCGUUGACAAUCAUAGUGAGGGUGUCUGUGACAACGAUGACAACGACGACGGCAGCGACAACGACAAGAAUGUCGUGGACCGCGCCUUUGACCUCUUUGACGACAGCAUCGAGGACACCAUCUACUCGGACUCGGUCGCUCGCUUUGGCCGUGCUGAGGAGGAUGAGCCCCAGCACUUCAAGGAAGCCCUCGACGCCUACUUGGAGGCCAAGGAGGCGACGGCUCGCCACGAGGCUGAGGCGGCCGCGCGCGAUGCGGAGACCCUCGCCGUCAUCCGCGAGACGUACGACGGGCCCGGCGUCGUCACGUUCCCCUGGCCGGCCGACUUCUUUGUCUACGUUGAGGCGCCGUGGGAGCAUCUCUGCUGCGGCAACCACAUCUGGUUGCCCCGUGACGAGCAGGAGGCCACGACCGUCCGCGGCCGUGUUGCGUUCGACAUCAGCAGCCUGUUCGAGGACAGCGGUAGCAUGCUCGAUCCGGGCCCCAACCAGAGAAACGUCAUCUGGGCGAUGCACGUCCUCUUGGAAGUGGCCCACGGCAACGUCCAUGCGUGCCCGACGCGGCUCGACGCAGCCCACCUGGCCAUGCUCGGCCGCCUCACGCGUGAGCUCAAGAUGGGCGUCGUCAUGUACCGCACCCUCCUUCCACUGUACGUGCGCUUCCACCUCCAACACAGAAAUGAAAUCCAGGACAUGUUUGCUGAUCUCGCUAAAAAACAAGCUAAGAAAGGAGCCAAGCGCAACGGCAAGGCGAAGAAGGACAAAGGCAAGGGAAAGGUUGACCCGUCGCCUGCUGGACCGUCGUCGUCAAAGUAG